GCAGGAUAUGAGAAUGAGAACCACAGUGCUCCCAUGUUGUACAGCUGUGGGGCCCAGUACAGAAUACACACCCAUGGAGUUUUUAGAGGCAUACAAGACGUCCGACGGGUGCCAGGGGUAGCUCCAACCAUUGUCCGAUCGGCCAGUGAGACGAAUGAAAAGCGUCCCUUCAUGUGUGCGUACCCCGGCUGUAACAAGCGAUACUUUAAGUUGUCCCAUUUACAGAUGCACAGCAGAAAGCACACUGGUGAAAAACCCUAUCAGUGUGAUUUUAAGGACUGUGAACGGAGAUUUUCUCGUUCAGACCAACUCAAACGGCACCAAAGACGACACACAGGUGUGAAACCCUUCCAGUGUAAAACCUGUCAGAGAAAGUUCUCCAGAUCUGAUCAUCUGAAGACUCAUACCAGGACUCAUACAGGUAAAACAAGUGAAAAGCCUUUCAGUUGCCGGUGGCCCAGCUGUCAAAAAAAAUUUGCAAGGUCUGAUGAAUUAGUUCGUCAUCACAACAUGCACCAGAGGAACAUGACUAAACUGCAGUUGGCCCUUUAG